AUGAUGACUCGUCUUCAUGGCUUCAUCAAACUCACAAUCACCAAUUCUUUCAGAACCCCUCUUUCAUCUUCCCAAUUAGGUUUACAGUUCAGUCCUCACACCACAAUUUUGGCUUCUCUUCACCACAAUUCCUUCUCAAACGGGGAUCGUUCGUAUCAAAAAGUUACCAACUUGGAUCAUGCCCUCUACCUGUUCGAUGAAAUGACACAGAGACAACCCUUGCCAUCUGUUAUUAAGUUUAAUCUACUGUUGAAUGCUCUUACCAAAAUGAAACAUUUUUCUUCUUGUCUCCACCUUUUCAAACAAAUGUCUCUCAUUGGAGUUCUUGUUGAUGCAUAUUCUAUCAAUAUUGCCAUCAAGUGUUGUUGUAGCUUGUUUCGCACCAAGGACGGUUUUGCGCUUCUGGGCUGUUGCUUCAGGCGAGCUGUUGUACCUGACGUCUGCACGUUUAAUACACUCUUAGAUGGACUGGUGCUAGAAGAUAGGAUUCUUGAGGCUGAGAUAUUGUUCAAGAAGCUCAUUAAACAGAAACUGUGUGAACCUGAUGUAGUUACGUAUAACACAAUGAUUAAAGGGCUUUGCAAGUUUGGCUAUAAUGAUAUCGCCACUGGUUUGCUUAGGCUAAUGGAUGAAAGAGGCUGUAAGCCUGAUGUUGUUGCAUAUAAUACCAUCGUUGAUAGUCUUUGCAAGGACAAAAUGAUAGAUGAUGCUUUCAACCUUUUCAAAGAAAUGGUCUUGAUAGGUUUAAGGUGCAUUUCGGGACCUAAACGAGGAUUUGGAAUGGAGCUAGGAGGACCCGGGUGGAAGAAACGAGAAAACGGGGAAGAUUGGGAGGACACUGCGUUGGCGAUAGGCUAA